CUUUACAGCGCUGUCAAACCCUGGGUCAGCUUCACCUGAGAGGAGGGUCGCUAAAUAUAACACUGCGUAGUUACUGUGUUCCUCUGGAUGCUACCCGUUAGCUCGUGCUAAUGCUAAUUAGAUCCGUCCAAGUAUUCAUGUUCUCAUCCCUUCACUUCUACCGGUGACACGUAUUAAGAAAGCCUGUUAGCCAGACAGCUAACAGUAACCUGCAGGUUCCCUUCAAACCGCAGACCCUGUUCCUCUGCUGCCAGAACCGCAGACCCUGUUCCUCUGCUGCCAGAACCCCAGACCCUGUUCCUCUGCUGCCAGAACCCCAGACCCUGUUCCUCUGCUACCAGAACCGCAGACCCUGUUCCUCUGCUGCCAGAACCCCAGACCCUGUUCCUCUGCUGCCAGAACCCCGGACCUGCCAGAACCCCAGACCUUGUUCCUCUGCUGCCAGAACCCCAGCAGACCUGCUACAAGUACAUGUACUCGAGUACUACUCUGUACUGAAGUACUAGUCUGUACUCGAGUACACAUUUGAGGUACUUGAGUAUUGGGCUCGACUCAGAGGUAGAGACUGUUCCCCAGGUCGUUUCUGGGACCAGGAUCUGAUGGAGGCUCUGGACUCUGGGUCCGACAUGGAGACGGAGCGAGGGAUCAUCCAGGAGAGCUCGGCCCAGCACAGAGCCAAGAUGUGGAAGAUCGCUCUGAACGUCUCUGGGAAAGGAGACAGCCUCUCUCCCUGGGACGGUGUCCUGGAUCUCCCCGAGCAAAACCUCAUCCACAACCGCAGCCAGCAGCUCAUUGACCAGCUGAAGGUGUGUGAGGAGGAGAGUGGCGACAUGGUGUGUGACGUGGAGGCGGUCAUCACGUUUUACUGUAAGUCCAGAAACCUGUCGUUCUCUCCGGAUCUGAGCUGGCCUCACCUGCUGAAGCCUCUGCUGGGUCUGCAGCUGCCCCGCAGCGACCUCUACAACUGCUUCUACGCCGUCAUGAACAAAUACAUCCCCAGGGACUGCGUAGCGAGCGGCCGGCCCUUCCACCUGUACAGACUGCUGCUGCAGUACCACGAGCCCGAGCUCUGCAGCUUCCUCGACACCAAGAAGAUCACACCGGACUCCUACGCCAUCACAUGGAUGGGCAGUCUGUUCUCCAGCCACUGCCCCCCCGACGUUACCCAGGCCUUCUGGGACUGCUACCUCCGACAGGCUGACCCCUUCCUCAUUUUCUUCCUCAUGCUCAUCAUCCUCGUCAACGCUAAAGAGGUCAUCCUGUCCCAGGAAGGAGGCAGCAGAGAGGACAUCAUCAAAAUGCUGGAGGAGUCUCCGUCUCACCUGGAGUCGGAGGAUAUAGAGGAUCUGUUUUCUCUGGCGCAGUAUUACCAGAGUAAGACCCCUCUGUCUCUGAGGAAGAUGAACCAGAAUCUGUUUGGCAGCUCUCUGGUGGCUCUGAAGGAGGAGGACACUGAUCUGAGUCAGGCUCUGUGUCUCCCUGUGUCCGUCCCUGAAAUCCUGCAGGCCAACCAGCUGCAGCAGGACGGGGUUCGCUUCUUUGUGGUGGAUUGUCGGCCUGCAGAGCAGUACAACGCCGGACACCUGUCCACCGCCUUCCACCUGGACUCUGACCUGAUGCUGCAGAACCCCUCUGAGUUCUCCCUCUCGGUGAAGUCUCUCCUGGAGGCUCAGAAACAGUCCCUGGAGUCGGGAUCCGUCGCCAGCGGGGAACACCUCUGCUUCAUGGGCAGCGGGCGGGAGGAGGAGGACAUGUACAUGAACAUGGUGCUCGCUCACUUCCUGCAGAAAAACAAAGAGUAUGUCAGCAUCGCUAAGGGAGGGUUCAUGGCUCUGCAGAAGCACCUGGUGGACAUGAACAUCGAGGGCCUGGACUCGUCAUACCUGCACUGGAUCGUCAGCACGUCAGGAUCCGGCAGCCUCUGCUCUCCGGACGGGGACAGCGGCGCCGGGGACGGGAAGGGAGUGAAGUCUCUGGUCAACAAGAUGACCUUUGCUCUGAAGUCAAAGUCUGUGAACGUGAAGGAGAAGAUGAUCAGCUUCAUCGAGAACACCGCCACACCUGUCGACAGAAUAUCUUUCAAUCUGCCAUGGCCUGAGAAGGUGGUUCCUGAUCGACAUGUGAGCAGCAGUGACCGGGUGGGUAAACCGUACCGCGGAGUGAAGCCGGUCUUCAGCAUCGGGGAUGAAGAGGAGUACGAUACAGAUGAGAUCGACAGCUCGUCGAUGUCGGAUGACGACCGGAAGGAGGUCGUAAACAUCCAGACGUGGAUCCACAAACCGGACGUGAAGCACCACAUCCCCUGCAGUGAGGUGAAGGAGACCGGACACAUGUUCCCCAGCCACUUGCUGAUCACAGCCUCCCACAUGUACUGCCUGCGGGAGAUCGCCUCCAGGAAAGGCUUCUCCUACAUCCAGUCCCGACAGGCUCUGAACUCUGUGGUGAAGAUCACGUCCAAAAAGAAGCACCCUGAACUCAUCACCUUCAAGUUCGGCAGCAACAACUCAGCGGGGGUGGAGAUCUCCGCCGUGGAGAGAUAUUUAAUACCGAACGCCGGCGAUGCCACGAAGGUGAUCAAGCAGCAAAUCAUGAAGGUGCUGGACGCUCUGGAGAGCUCAUAGGGGGGAGACCUCCAGUUGGACACUAACUGUUAAAGGAGGAAGAGGAGUCUGUCCACCUGCAGAGAGACUGUGAGGACACACUGUGGUGCUCUGCAGUUAUCCAACAUCUCAUACUGAAACCUCUGUCAUCCUUUCCUUUGAUGAAACAUCACCCCCCCCCCCCAACACCUUCACACCGGGCCUCCGGAUCAUUCUGUGCUCCUCUCAGAUGUGAGGGGGAGAUUGAAGCCUCUGUGUUUGGGUCGGGGAGUUACCUGUAAAACCCCCGCGCUGUUCCUUUUACCUGCAGUGAUGUUCGCUCCUCUCAUCCGACUGCUGUACUCCAGGCCCGGUCCACAGGAGAGAGACAGCACAUGGGUGUUCAAUAUUUAGGGGAAAUGUACGGAUGCUGGUUUCUAACCGACUGAGUCUGAGUGAAAGCACUCUUUGUGUAGCGUGGUGAUCCGGCAGAAAGAAGUAGUCCCUGCAUGAGAGGCUCACAGGAGGCUCUGGAGCAUCAGCAGGACAUCUCUCUGAAAUACCAGAGAAAAGCACAGCACUGCAGGUAAAGCAGGAACACUGGAGACGCCCCCCCCCCCCUCGUCUCUACAGCAGUGUGUCACAGAAAUGAUGGGAGGGGGUGUAAAGGUGUGUGAAGUGUGCACAGAUACACAGUAUAACAUGCUCACUGCUCUGAACACCUUUGAGAUGUCCCCUGAAUAUUCAGAGACACGGAGCCUGUGUGAGGGGGUGAUGUUCAAAGAAUCCUCAAUCUCAGGAAACAGGAAAGAAAUCCAACAUUUGGGACUUUUUAUUCAUAAAUUGACAAGAAAAAAACAUCAGAAAUAUUUUAGAUUUCUACAACUUUUCUCGUAUAAAUUUCAGAUUUACAGAAAAAAUCUAAACAUUCUGGGAUAUAAAGUCCUGAAUGUACAAGAAAGAAAUACACAAUUUGGGGGAUAACACUUUUCAGAAUUCAUGAGAAAGAAAUCAGAACAUUUAAAAGACCUUUUUGAAGUUCAAAGGAAACAGAUUCAUUUCAUAUUGGAAAUAAAACAGGUUCUGUCAUCAAAGCAUUUCUGAGUUCAAAGUGCUUUCUGAAACUGAAUGCCCCCCCCCCCAUCAGUCUGUUAGGACCUGACUCUCACUCAGCCCCCCCUCCAUCAGUCUGUUAGAACCUGACUCUCACUCAGCCCCCCCUCCAUCAGUCUGUUAGGACCUGACUCUCACUCAGCCCCCCCCCUCCAUCAGUCUGUUAGGACCUGACUCUCACUCAGCCCCCCCUCCAUCAGUCUGUUAGGACCUGACUCUCACUCAGCCCCCCCUCCAUCAGUCUGUUAGGACCUGACUCUCACUCAGCCCCCCCCUUCAUCAGUCUGUUAGGACCUGACUCUCCCUCAGCCCCCCCCUCCAUCAGUCUGUUAGGACCUGACUCUCACUCAGCCCCCCCCCUCCAUCAGUCUGUUAGGACCUGACUCUCCCUCAGCCCCCCCCUCCAUCAGUCUGUUAGGACCUGACUCUCACUCAGCCCCCCCCUCCAUCAGUCUGUUAGGACCUGACUCUCCCUCAGCCCCCCCCCCCCAUCAGUCUGUUAGGACCUGACUCUCACUCAGCCCCCCCCUCCAUCAGUCUGUUAGGACCUGACUCUCUGCCAGCCCCCCCUCCAUCAGUCUGUUAGGACCUGACUCUCUGCCAGCCCCCCCUCCAUCAGUCUGUUAGGACCUGCUGAAGGGGGUCCGGACCUCAGGCGCAGCUUGGAGGAACUGUUUGUAAAAAGUCCCUCUGGAUACCCCACCCAUGUAUCACUGCUUUAGUCUGCUUGCCACUGUUGCCUUCGGCCUGAUAACGCUCCUCUUCCUCGUCUGACUCUUCCUCGCUUUCUAUGACUUCCUGUUCCUUUGUGUGGAGAUGUGAAGCACUACCCUGACGUCCGUCUGAAAAUCAAGGGGAGAGAAGUAAAGGUGUCUCUGUGCUCAGACUGAACCAUCGUCUGUCCCCGCCGCAGCGUCUCCAGUGUCCUCUGCCCCGUGCGGUCCUGCUUUCAUUUUCUAAGCGUCUGUGUUUUUAAUAAAUGGAGAUUACUCACCUGUGGGAGAGUUUCAUUCA